AUUAUUUUUUUUAUUGAUCGCGGCGCCACCUAGAAGCUAAAAUUUCAUGAAGAUCCGGCUUAGCCAACCUUCGCCAGUUUAAUUUCUUUUUUGGACACGCCGUGUAUGAAUACGUGUCAAAAUGGGACGACGACCAGCUAGAUGUUAUCGGUACUGUAAAAACAAGCCGUACCCAAAAUCCCGUUUCUGUCGUGGUGUCCCAGACCCCAAGAUCAGAAUUUUCGAUUUGGGAAAGAAGAAAGCCAGUGUUGAAGAUUUCCCACUGUGUGUUCAUCUGGUGUCAGACGAGUAUGAACAGCUUAGCUCUGAAGCUCUAGAAGCAGGGCGUAUUUGCUGCAACAAAUACAUGGUUAAGAAUGCUGGAAAAGAUCAGUUCCAUAUUCGUAUGAGAUUACAUCCUUUCCAUGUCAUCAGAAUCAACAAAAUGUUGUCAUGCGCUGGAGCUGAUAGGCUCCAAACCGGUAUGAGAGGUGCUUUUGGUAAGCCCCAAGGAACAGUAGCUCGUGUAAACAUUGGCCAACCAAUCAUGAGCGUCCGUUCAUCUGACCGUCAUAAGGCAGCAGUUAUUGAAGCUCUCCGUCGUGCCAAGUUCAAGUUCCCAGGACGUCAAAAGAUCUACGUUUCCAAAAAAUGGGGAUUCACCAAGUACGAGCGUGCUGAGUACGAAGAGCUGAAAAACGCUGGCCGUCUUGCCCCAGACGGUUGCAACGUAAAAUAUCUGCCAGAACAUGGACCUCUUUCUGAAUGGAAAAAAUUCCGAGAGAUUUUAGUACCAGUUUAAAGUUAUAAAACUUUGUUAAAUUUCUCAAUAAAUUUUUUCCAACAAUA